CUCUCUGUUCUAUUUUGUCAGAUCCCGCCCUAGAUGCUUCUGGGCCUUAGAUAGAUUGCGAGGUUCUUGGCUUCUUGCUAAAUUAGGGAUAAGAUCCCACUGUUUUCUUUGUGCUGGUUAAUUGGAGCCAAAAAGCCAUUUGCGGGUUGAGGGGGAGCGAGCCAAGGAACCGGCAGAGCAGCAACUAGGGUUGUUAAUUUGUUUAGGUAGGAGGGGGCGUGGCCAUGGCCGGGGAACGAUCUGUUCCGCCGGCAGCGGCGAGGGUGGUGGUGGCGAUGAAGGGCCACCCUGGCUCCGGAAAGUCCACGGCGGCGCUCGCCAUCGCCUCCGCGCUCCGGUGCCCGCUCCUGGACAAGGACGACGUGCGGGACUGCACCCUGCACCUGGAGGGCGCCGCCGGCGGCAGCGGCAUGCUCAACGAGCUCUCCUACGCCGUGCUGUGGAGGUUGGCCGAGAGGCAGCUCCAGCUCGGCUUGUCUGUCGUCCUCGACUCCCCGCUUUCACGUCGUGCGCAUCUCGACAUGCUGGCCCGCCUGCCCGCCACACUUGUUGUCGUCGUGGAAUGCCGACCGGGCGACGAAGGUGUGUGGCGCCGCAGGCUGGAGGAGCGUGGGGGUGCUUUGGCCAAUGGUGGUGGUGAUGGGUGGCAUAAGCCAAAGACCUGGGCCGAGCUGGAAAGUCUUGUUGAGGGUUACCAAGGUUGCACAGACUAUGAAAUUGGGGAUGUUCCGAGGAUCGUCGUAGAUACAACAGACCCGGCGUUCGGUGCAGAGGAAAUUGCUGCCAGGGUUGUGGACUUUAUUAGGUCUCUUCUACCCCGUGCAUAUUAGGUAUGCUGUUAACUGUUGCAACUGUAUUGGUGAAGAUAAGGUUCAUGUGAGAAUCAAGUCAAGUUUUACAUAAGGAUUUCAUGUCUGAAUGUUGAAAUGAUGUACGUACUGUAUAGGUUUGGAUGUACAUAUGAUUUCCUUUUUCAUUUGUCCCUCCUCCAUCUUUUCUUUUGAACCUCUGAUGGUAAUAUUCGCCCUCUGUUUAUGGUUGUA